CCAGUGCUGUCUCCAGAAUCAGAGCCCCUGUAUCUCAGGGCAGCUUUACUUCCCCCACACAUCCGGCCUUUGCUGCCCUCCCACCACCUCUAGACUGCUACACAGAGGGCUCUGCAGGGCCCUAGGCGGCCCUGGGCCAAGGGAAGGCCGGGCCAACCAUGAGUGCCAGCCGUAUGCCUCCAGGCUGUCGGGGCCGCACAAACUUGUCUCCCAGGAUUUUUCCACACGAAACACAUCGCACAGGGAAGCAACAACCGGUCGGAUGAGCUGGGUGUGCAUUGUUCCCACCCCGCCUUCCAUGCCCCUCCGUGCAGUCGCCAAGAGGCUGCCCACACCAGCGGCCCGGGAUGGAGCCCAGGACACCUCGGCCAGCAGCAGCGACCUCUGGGACGAGCCAAGGGCCUGGCGGGGGCUGGACCACCGGCAGGCCAGAGGCUGGCGUGUGCUCUCUGGCACUGCCCUCGGACCUGCAGCUGGAUCGCAGGGGUGCCGAGGGCCCUGAGGCUGAGCGGCUUCGGGCAGCCCGCGUUCAGGAGCAGGUCCGAGCCCGCCUCCUGCAGCUGGGCCAGCAGCUGAGGCACAACGGGGCUGCCGAGCCUGAGGGUGCCACCGAGACCAGCAGAGGCUCAUCCCGGGGUCAGUACCACAUUCUGCAGGCCAGCUUCAGCUCCCGCUCCCAGGGCCAGAGUGGGGACAGAGUCUCAACCUUCCGGCCAGUCGCCAAGCCAGCGUACAGCCCGGCCUCUUGGUCCUCCCGCUCUGCUGUGGACCUGAGCUGUGGUCGGAGGCUGAGCUCUGCCCACAACGGAGGCAGUGCCUUCAGGGUGGUGGGGUACGGGAGCACCCAACCCACGCCAGCCAUCCCCACUCGGCCUCUGUCCUUCCAUGAGCGUGGCGGCGCUGGCAGCCGGGCUGAGUAUGACACACUGUCGCUGCGCUCACUGAGGCUGGGCGCUGGGGGCCUGGACGAUGGCUACAGUGUGGUGUCUGAGCAGCUGGAGCCGGCAGGUGGCUCCACCUACAGGGCCUUUGCCUAUGAGCGUCAAGCCAGCUCCAGCUCGAGCCGGGCUGGGGGGCCGGACUGGCCAGAGGCUGCCGAGGGCCCCCCAAGCCGCACCAUCCGGGCCCCCGCCAUGCGGACCCUGCAGCGAUUCCAGAGCAGCCACCGAAGCCGCGGGGGAACUGGGGCAGGGCCAGGCACAGGCCUGGAAACCGUGGCCAGGGCCCCAUCUGUGCGCAGCCUGAGCCUCAGCCUGGCUGACUCAGGUCACUUGCCCGAUGUGCGUGGGCUGGACAGCUACAUCAGCCAUCGCUCUCUGCAAAGACUCAGCAGUGGCUUCAAUGACAUCGACCUGCCCUCAGCAGUCAAGUACCUCAUGGCCUCAGACCCCAACCUGCAGGUGCUGGGAGCGGCCUACAUCCAGCACCGGUGCUAUAGUGAUGCAGGCGCCAAGAAACAGGCUCACAGCCUUCAGGCUGUGCCGAGGCUGGUGAAGCUCUUCAACCACGCCAAUCAGGAGGUGCAGCGCCACGCCACGGGUGCUAUGCGCAACCUCAUCUAUGACAACGCUGACAACAAGCUGGCCCUGGUGGAGGAGAACGGGAUCUUCGAGCUUCUGCGGACACUUCGAGAGCAGGACGACGAGCUGCGGAAGAACGUCACAGGGAUCCUGUGGAAUCUGUCAUCCAGUGACCACCUAAAGGACCGCCUGGCCCGUGACACACUGGAGCAGCUCACAGACCUGGUGCUGAGCCCCCUGUCAGGCGCAGGGGGGCCCCCCCUCAUCCAGCAGAAUGCCUCUGAAGCUGAGAUCUUCUACAAUGCCACUGGCUUCCUCAGGAACCUCAGCUCAGCCUCCCAGGCCACUCGCCAGAAGAUGCGUGAGUGCCACGGGCUUGUGGAUGCCCUGGUAACCUACAUCAACCACGCCCUGGACGUGGGCAAGAACGAGGACAAGAGCGUGGAGAAUGCUGUGUGUGUGCUGAGGAACCUGUCCUACCGCCUGUAUGACGAGAUGCCACCAUCUGCCCUGCAGCGGCUUGAGGGCCGGGGCCGCAGGGACCUGGGUGGGGCCCCGCCCGGAGAGGCGGUGGGCUGCUUCACACCGCAGAGCCGGCGGCUGCGCGAGCUGCCUCUCACAGCCGAUGCGCUCACUUUUGCCGAAGUGUCAAAGGACCCCAAGGGUCUCGAGUGGCUGUGGAGCCCACAGAUCGUGGGCCUCUACAACCGGCUGCUGCAGCGCUGUGAGCUGAACCGACACACAACCGAGGCAGCGGCAGGGGCCUUGCAGAACAUAACCGCAGGGGAUCGCAGGUGGGCAGGUGUGCUGAGCCGCCUGGCGCUGGAGCAGGAACGGAUCCUGAAUCCCCUGCUGGACCGUGUCCGGACUGCUGACCACCACCAGCUGCGCUCGCUGACAGGGCUCAUCCGGAAUCUCUCCCGGAACGCCAGGAACAAGGACGAGAUGUCCACCAAGGUAGUGAGCCACCUGAUCGAGAAGCUGCCCGGCAGUGUGGGUGAGAAGUCUCCCCCGGCCGAGGUGCUGGUCAACAUCAUUGCUGUGCUCAACAACUUGGUGGUGGCCAGUCCCAUCGCGGCCCGCGACCUGCUCUACUUUGAUGGGCUCCGGAAACUCAUCUUUAUCAAGAAAAAGCGAGACAGCCCAGACAGCGAGAAGUCCUCCCGUGCGGCCUCCAGCCUCCUGGCCAACCUGUGGCAGUACAGCAAGCUGCACCGAGACUUCCGCGCGAAAGGUUAUCGGAAAGAGGACUUCCUGGGCCCAUAGGCAAGGCACCCUGGAGGAGAAGGUGGUGUGGCCAGCCUCCGAGGGACAGGCUCAGCUCUGGCUGCUCACCAGGCAGCUUGGAGGAGGAGCAGGCGGAUGGCCAAGGGCACUCUCCCUGGCACCCAUGUGCACCUUUGAGGAGCCUCAUCAUCGGGAGCGGACGGGGCUUACAGCUGGGCAUUUGGCUUCUGCGGGGAAGGGGGCAGGCAGGGCUUAGGCUACUCUGGUGCAUGGGGUGGUGACCCAGUCACAGCAGCAGAGAUGGGGCUGGCCAUGGCCUGGCAAUGCCUCCAGACAGUGGUGUGGGAAUAAAGGUGACUGAACACA